CUGCGGCGCCCAGCAAGAUGGCGCCCGGGAGGCCGCUGCGCGUGCUGGCCUGCGGGGACGUGCAGGGGAAGGUGGCCGCCCUGUUCGCGCGCGUCCAGGCGGCGCAGAGGAAGAGCGGCGCGUUCGACCUUCUCUUGUGUGUGGGGGACUUCUUUGGCCCUGCUCAAGAUUCAGAGUGGGAGGAUUACCAAACAGGUGCCAAGAAAGCUCCCAUACAGACCUAUGUGUUGGGUGCCAACAGCAGUGAAACAGUGCGCCAUUUUCCAGACGUCAGUGGAUGCGAACUAGCUGAGAAUAUCAUUUAUCUGGGACGCAAAGGUGUGUUCAGUGGAGCCUCUGGGCUGCAGAUUGCCUACCUCAGCGGGACAGAGUCUGCAGAGGAGCCAGCCCCAGCACACUGCUUCAGUGCGAACGAUGUGGCUGAUCUCAGGGCCUCCUUGCUGUCCACUUCGGGCUUCAAAGGUGUGGAUAUCUUGCUGACUUCUUCCUGGCCCAAGGCUGUGGACACCUUUGGGAACAGUCCCGGGGACGUGGACACGCUGCAGUGCGGUUCAGGCCUCGUGUCUCUACUGGCUGCAUGUCUAAAGCCCAGAUACCAUUUUGCGGCCCUGCAGAAGGUCUAUUAUGAAAGACUUCCUUACAGAAACCACACUGUUCUCCAGGAACCUGCACAGCAUGUCAGCAGAUUCAUUGCCCUGGCCAAUGUGGGCAAUGCAGAGAAGAGGAAGUACCUCUAUGCAUUCAGCAUCGUUCCAAUGAGUUCCAUGGCUGCUGCAGAACUGGUCAAACAACCACAGGAUGUCACUGAGAACCCCUACCGCAGGCCUGGGGGUGGCGAGAGCUACGCUCACCUGCUGCCAGACACAAAGAAGGAUUCUCCUUGCCAGUUUUUCUUUGACCUGAGCAGCAGGCCAACGGGGCGGAAGCGGCCUGUUGAAGGGGGGCGUGAGGGGCAGCAGUCAAAGCGGCCACCUGGGAAGGCCCCCCUGCCAACAGCUGCAUGCUGGUUUUGCCUGGCUAGCCCGGAGGUCGAGAAGCAUCUGGUGGUGAGCAUCGGCACACACUGCUACCUUGCUCUGGCUAAGGGGGGGUUAUCCCCUGAUCAUGUCCUGAUUUUGCCGAUUGGCCAUUAUCAGUCAAUGGUUGAGCUUGCUUCCGAGGUAGUAGAUGAAGUCGAUCAGUACAAGUCAGCUCUGAAGAAGUUCUUCAAGACCAAAGGGAAGAGAUGUGUGGCCUACGAGCGGAACUACAGGAGUCAGCAUCUUCAGCUUCAGGUGGUUCCUGUUCCCCACGAUUGCGGCACGACAGAGGAUAUCAAGCAGGCCUUUGUCACUCAAGCAGAGGAGCGUCGUAUCGAGCUGCUAGAGAUCCCGGAGCACUCAGUUCUCAAGCAAAUAGUUCAGCCAGGAACGCCAUAUUUUUAUGUGGAGCUGGAUAAUGGAGAGAAGCUCUUCCAUCGUGUUGGGAAAAAUUUUCCCCUGCAGUUUGGGAGGGAGGUCCUGGCCAGCGAGGCCAUCCUGGGCAUGCCUGGCCGAGCCGACUGGAGAAACUGCCAAGCUGAGCGAGAGGAGGAAACUGCAGCAGCCCAUGCCUUCCGCCAAGCCUUCGAGCCCUUUGACUUCACCCAGAUGGACUGAACGCCUGAAGGAGAGCAAAUGGAAACCUGUCGGUCCAUCCCUUGCCAUUCCUGUGAAGAAUCCCUCCCCUGCAAGGUGUCUCGUUCAGUCCUUGGCAAGUUAGCAGCAGGAUCCAGGUCGCAGGAAGAAAUAGGCUGCUCUCUUUCCAGCCCUGCCUUUCUCUGCUGUUCACUCCCCAGCUGAGGGAUGUUACCCACUUGGCACUCUGCUUCUGUGGGUUGGCCCCAGCAGAGGGAGAAGCACAGAUCUGCUGCUCUCCCGCCGGUGAACAUCACGAGGACCUGUGCGGGGGCUGAGCGUAUGAGCCAGCAAUGCCGUUCUGUUGCAGGAGUGUGAGGGGCAUGAGGGAGCACUUCAGCCCUUGUAUGCAGCAGAUGGACUCGGUGCGUAUCGCAUGUCUCGGCACCCCAAAUUCUGCCUUCUUUGGAGCAUGAACUCUCUCUCAUGCAGGCGCAUGCACAAAAACACACAAGCAAAAGAACGUCGCUCUGCCAGCUGUCUGUUGGAAGGCGGUGUGCCUUGGUGGGACGCCGCUUAUGUGCUGGCAGAGAUGGCAUGCGUCAGCAAGCAGAUUCAGCCUGCGGUGCAGAGGAGUCCCUGCUGUGUCCUGCUAAGGAGACCCAGCAUUGCAGUGGCUGCAGCCAAACGGGACAAGGAGCAUUUGGCCCACAAAGGAAGCCGCGGGGCUCUGCUGGAGGGGGCACGUAGGGCAGCGAGGCACAAGGCCAAGGCUGAGCAAGGGUUCUGAGGGGACACAAGCCAGUUGGAGUGGGCAAGUGGGGUGUCGAGCUGUUUCGGUUUUUCAGGUUAUUUGGUUUGGGCUUAGUUUUCGGGCAAGAUUGGACUUCAGGGCUAAAUGCUGUAUCAGAGAGUGGUUUUAGAUUUAUAAAACUUUGAACCCAUGUUUAGAUAUUUUGAGCGUUGUUCAAAAAGCAUUUUGAUAAAUAAAUAUUUUUUUAAAAGGGCA